UGCGCCCCCAGGCUCCGGCCUUAAAGAUGGAGAUGACAGACAUGACUGGUGUGUCACUGAAACGUGGGUCCCUUGUUGUGGAAGAUAAUGACAGUGGGGCCCCAGCUGAAGAGACGAAAAAACAGAAGAUGUCAGAAUGCAGCCCGGCCAGAGGUCUCGACUUGCUAGGGAACGACUCUGUACUCCACAGUGAAGAUAUGCCUGGGGCUCCUGAAGCUGUAAGUGCUGGGAGAGAUGAAAAGAAUUCUGAGGCUCAGUUGGAAGAGGAGGAGGAGGAAGAUGGCCUUUCAGAGGAGGAGGAGGAGGAGGAAGCAGAGAGUUUUGCAGACAUGAUGAAGCACGGACUCACUGAACUUGAUGUGGGCAUCACCAAGUUCGUAAGUCCUCAUCAAGGGUUCUCAGGAAUCUUAAAAGAAAGAUACUCCGACUUCGUUGUUCACGAGAUAGGAAAAGAUGGACGGAUCAGCCAUUUGGAUGACUUAUCCGUUCCAGUGGAUGAGGAGGACCCUUCAGAAGAUGCAUUUACAGUUUUGACAGCUGAAGAAAAACAGCGACUGGAAGAGCUCCAGCUUUUUAAAAAUAAGGAAACCAGUGUUGCUAUCGAGGUUAUUGAGGACACCAAAGAGAAAAGAACCGUCAUCCAUCAAGCUAUCAAAUCUCUGUUUCCAGGAUUAGAGACAAAAACAGAGGAUAGAGAGGGGAAGAAAUACAUCGUAGCCUACCACACAGCUGGAAGAAAGGCUUUGGCAAAUCCAAGAAAACAUUCUUGGCCAAAAUCUAGGGGAAGUUACUGCCACUUUGUACUAUACAAGGAAAACAAAGACACCAUGGAUGCUAUUAACGUACUCUCCAAAUAUUUAAGAGUCAAGCCAAAUAUAUUCUCCUACAUGGGAACCAAAGAUAAAAGGGCUAUAACAGUUCAAGAGAUUGCUGUUCUCAAAAUAACUGCACAAAGACUUGCCCACCUGAAUAAGUGCUUGAUGAACUUUAAGCUAGGGAAUUUCAGCUAUCAGAAAAACCCUCUGAAAUUGGGAGAGCUUCAAGGAAAUCACUUCACUGUUGUUCUCAGAAAUAUAACAGGAACCGAUGACCAAGUACAACAAGCUAUGAACUCUCUGAAAGAGAUUGGAUUUAUUAAUUACUAUGGAAUGCAAAGAUUCGGAACUACAGCUGUCCCUACGUAUCAAGUUGGAAGGGCUAUACUACAAAAUUCCUGGACAGAAGUCAUGGAUUUAAUAUUGAAACCCCGUUCUGGAGCCGAAAAGGGAUACUUGGUUAAGUGCAGAGAAGAAUGGGCGAAGACCAAAGACCCAGCUGCUGCCCUCAGAAAACUACCUGUCAAAAGGUGUGUGGAAGGGCAGCUGCUUCGAGGACUUUCAAAAUAUGGAAUGAAGAAUAUAGUCUCUGCAUUUGGCAUAAUACCAAGAAAUAAUCGCUUAAUGUAUAUUCAUAGCUAUCAAAGCUAUGUGUGGAAUAACAUGGUGAGCAAGAGGAUAGAAGACUACGGACUGAAACCUAUUCCAGGGGACCUUGUUCUCAAAGGAGCCACGGCCACCUAUAUUGAGGAAGAAGAUAUUAAUAAUUACUCCAUCCAUGAUGUGGUAAUGCCCUUGCCUGGUUUCGAUGUUAUCUACCCAAAGCAUAAAAUUAGAGAUGCCUACAGGGAAAUGCUCACAGCAGACAAUCUUGAUAUUGACAACAUGAGACACAAAAUUCGAGAUUAUUCCCUUUCAGGGGCCUACCGAAAGAUCAUUAUCCGUCCUCAGAACGUUAGCUGGGAAGUCGUUGCAUAUGAUGAUCCCAAAAUUCCGCUUUUCAACACAGAUGUGGACAACCUGGAAGGGAAACCACCACCAGUUUUUCCUUCUGAAGGCAAAUACAGGGCUCUGAAAAUGGAUUUUUCUCUUCCUCCUUCCACUUAUGCUACCAUGGCCAUUCGAGAAGUGCUAAAAAUGGAUACCAGCAUCAAGAACCAGACCCAGCUGAAUACAACCUGGCUCCGUUGACUGGUACCUUGUCCACAGAUUAGAAAGUGCAGACAAGUGUUUGCUUACUGGCUUCCUGUUCAUUUUUCCCUUAGUACAGACCCGUAUGUGGAUUUUGAAUCUUUGUAGUAAAAGAUUAUUUGUAUUUUU